CAUGUUGAAGGUGACAGCAGGUAAUAGUGUCAUGUCGGGUCGCACGUUUCUGUCGCCGUUCACCGUGUUUGCAGCCGGUGACGGGGAGAGGGGGGCCUCGGUCCCGCUGCUGCAGCUGGAGGAUUUGUCUCUGUACACCGCGGCUCCUCGAGAGAGCUCCCCCGGCUCUGUGGAGCCAGAAGCGGGCGAGCUGGAGCAGAGUGUCGCCACCCUGAGGAAGCUGGUGGAGCCGUACAUCGCCUGGUGUCAGGGCAUUUACGACACGAUUGAACCCAAAGUUCAGAGCGUCCUCCAGCGCGGAUACGACACCUAUGCGUACUUACAGAAUCCGCCGAAGGACUUCUAUCCCCGGGCGGGAGUCAUCGGCUUCACCGGUGUUUUGGGGCUGCUGCUCGCCAGACGCUCCAGGGCGAAGAGACUCAUCUACCCGGCGGCACUGAUGAGCGUCAGCGCCUCCCUCUACUACCCGGAGAAGGCGGCCGCCAUCGUAAAGACAGCCGGGGACUCCGUGUACGAGCGCGCCGUGCACAGCUACGCCGCCGUGGAGAAGAUGCUGAACCCGCAGAGCAAAGGUGAAAAAGUCACCGGGUCUGAAACGAAACCCUGA